CAGACGGUCCCGGUGGGAGUCGGGAGGCCUCCGCUCUUCUCCCCGGAGCCCUGGACGCGCCACGGGCCAUGCUGCUGCUGCUGACUCUCGCCCUCCUGGGGAGCCGCCCCUGCUGGGCCGCCCGGCAGUACGGGCUGGGAGGAGGCACUUAUUUCAGUACCUCUGAGUACUACGAUCAUGAAAUCACGGGGCUGCGGGUGUUCAUCGGUGCUAUUAACAACAUCAAAAGUAUCCAGGUGAAAUUUGGAGACAGCUGGGAUGAUCGACGUGGCGCCUCGGGUGGGACGAGCCAGGAACUCCUCCUGUGGCCGGGCGAGUACAUCACCGAGAUCCACGGCUCAUUCGACAUGUUAGUCCAUUUCCUGUCUGUGUGCACCAACCUAAGAGGCUGCCUCUCCUUUGGGAAGAUCGCUGGCAAGGAGUUCUCUGCCUACCCCAGCCAACCGGGACAGGUGCUCACGGGCAUCUUCGGCCAGUAUGGACUCCUCGGCCUCAAGGGCAUCGGCUUUACCUGGGAUUUUCCGCUAGUGGAGGACACCACUGUGGCACAAACUACCACCUAACUUGUCAGCACAUAGUUACAGGGCAGUGUGCAAAGUCACUAACACUGAAGCCAGCUGGGGUGUGGUGGCUAACAGU